UUGUUAUUUAAAAAUAUGAAAAAUUCUUUUAAUAAUAAAGGAGGCUUGGUUAAUACUACGAAAAAAAUCGAUGAAUCUGAUACAGAGUCUGUAAGUGAAGAAAAAGAAAAAAAUGAAACAGAUAAAAUAAAACAAAAUAAUAAUAACAAUAAUAAUAAUAAUAAUAAUAAUAAUAAUAAUAAUAAUAAUAAUAAUAAUAAUAAUAAUAAUAAUAAUAAUAAUAAUAAUAAUAAUAACAAGUUGUACUGUGAGAAUGCACAAAAUGAUAAUAUUAUUAACAAUUUAUAUAAUUUAAACUCAAAUGUAAAAAUAAAUAAUAAUGUUGAGGUAGUGGGUUUAAGUUUUAAGGAAAAGAACUAUAUGAAUACAUAUAAACAUUUUCAAAAUGAUAAGGAAAAUGAACAUAAUAAUAAAAAUAUGUUUGAAAAUAAUAACUUUCAUAAUAAUAAUAAAUAUAAUAUUCAUAAUAAAAAGAAAAAUUCCAAACAUUUUGAUUUAUUCAUAGAUAAAAGAAAUGCUCUUAACAGUAUCUUAAGUUCAACAUUCGCAGGUAUUAUGUCUCGUACUAUGACUGCACCUUUAGAUAGAGUAAAAUAUAUAAUGCAAAUUACAAAUAAUUUACCUAUAUAUGAAAUAUUCAAAAUUAUUAAGAAAGAUGGUAUUAUAUGUGGAUUUUUUCGAGGGAAUUGUGUUAAUAUUGUAAAAAUUAUUCCAGAGUUAUCGAUAAAAAUGUAUUCAUAUGAAUUUAUGAAAUUAAAUGUUUAUAAAUAUUAUUAUAAUAAUAAUAAUAAUAAUAAUAAUAAAGAAAAUAAUGAUAUCAUACAUACAGAUGAACAAAAUAUGAAUAUUCCGUUUUUUAUUCGCUUUUUAAUAGGAAGUUCAAGUGGUGCUAUAGCAGCUCUAUUGAUUUAUCCUUUAGAAAUUGUAAAAACAAGAUUAAUCGUUUCCAAUAAAAUCGAUUCAAGUGGUAUUAUUAAAUGUUUUUAUGAUAUUUAUAAAAAUGAACCUUAUAGACAUUUCUAUAAUGGUUUAUGUAUGCACCUUUAUGGAGUCAUUUUAUUUUCAGGAUGUAAUAUGAGUAUAUAUGAUUAUUUAAAAUAUUUAUUCUUUUCCUUAUAUAAGGAUUAUAUUCAUUCAAAUUAUUGUCUUACGAAAAAUGUAACAAAAAAAAGUCAACAUGACAAAUUAAAUCAAUUAAAUAAUUAUGAAAAUUAUAAAUUUGUGAAUAAUAAUAACAUGGAUAGUAUUCAUAAAAAUAAACAAACAAAUUCACAAGAAAAUUAUUCUCCAAAUAUACAUAAUGAAAAUCGAAAUGAUAAUUUUACUUUCAAUUCUUUAAAAGAGGUAAAAUUUUAUGAACGUUUUAAAAAAUAUUCCUCCGUUAUAUGGAACAAUAAUAAUAAUAAUAAUAAUAAUAAUUAUAAUAAUAAUAAUAAUAAUAAUAAUGAUAAUUAUAAUAGUCAUAAUAAUUAUAAUAGUCAUAAUAAUUAUUAUCAUAAUAAUAGUAAUAACAAUUUUGUACAUAAAAAAGAAAAUCCCCUGAACACUUCAAGCUGUUCAUAUUGUAAUUAUCGUAUUAAGAAUGUGAAUUGUUUAACCUUUUUAUUAUUUGGUAUAACUAGUUCGUUUAUAGCUCAGAUUGUGAGUUACCCUUUUCUUGUUUUACGUACAAGGAUGCAAACACUUAAUAAUGAAAUAGCAACUAAUUAUCUGAACAACGAAAGGAAGAAAUUUAAGUCCUGUAGCUUUAUUUUAUACAACAUCAAAAUUUAUGGAUACAAAUCCUUAUAUAGAGGUGUUUAUGUGAAUUUGUUAAAAACCAUACCUGCUACUUCUAUCACGUGGUUUGCCUACGAAUAUGCCAUGCGGAAACUACAAAGGAUUUAA